AUGGGAGCAGCCUGUAUCGAAGAAAAGCUCAGCAUGGUUCUGCAGUGGGAACCAGUUCACGCACAUCUGUCACGUUGGGGACUGAGAAAGAAGUGCCAGACCGUGAAGGUUGGGAAGACGUACGAGCUGCUGAACUGCGACAAGCACAAAUCGCUGCUGCUGCGAAGCGGCCGGGACCCGGGGGAGGUGAGGCCCGACAUCACACACCAGAGCCUCCUGAUGCUCAUGGACAGUCCCCUGAAUCGGGCUGGCCUGCUGCAGGUUUACAUCCACACCCAGAAGAAUAUUCUCAUUGAAGUCAAUCCCCAGACCAGGAUUCCCAGAAUCUUUGAUCGAUUCUGCGGUCUGAUGGUUCAGCUGCUACACAAACUCAGUGUCCGUGCAGCUGAUGGGCCCCAGAAACUGUUGAAGGUCAUCAAGAAUCCAGUGACAGAUCAUCUCCCUGUAGGAAGUAGAGUUGCAGGGGACUUUCCAUUUUCUGCAUAUUAUGCAAGGGGACUCAAUGCCAACUCCUGA